AAUAUGUAUAGUUCCAGCGAGCACCGUCGUCCYUAGUAGGGGAACAAGCGUCAGUACUCGGGUACUCAUGAACUAGCCCAUUUUCGGCCCUCUUCGCUAUCCACUCACGACGUUGCCCAACACCAACUACCAUCCAAAGUAUGUAAACAAUAAACUUGAAAUACAUCGUCAGCCACAACUCCUACGAGAAUUGUAGCCAAAUCAGUCAGCAACGAAAGAUUUGCUAUCUUAUAAUUGUAUCUACAUAAGACAUUAGUAUUUGAGCUGGCCUGAAAUCGCAAGAGACCAUUGUUGGUCAGUCAAUCAUGGAUAGAUGUGAGGGUCAGCAAAGUAACUGUGGUCGACACAUCUUUCGCGAAGCGGACUUAGCGUAUCUCUUGAUAGAUGGAGAGAAGAUGUUCCCGUUAGCAGAGUUGCUUGCAAGUCUGUUUAGCAACACAGCCAGGACGACGUUAUUCACCAGAAUGGAAAAGAUCAACACUCGAAGACAUUUUUGCACUGCAGAAGAAAUAAAACUGCUUAAAACAGUGAAUGGGAUCCAUGGUUCGUCGGCUAUUUGCACACUAAUCCCUGAAGCAGAUGUCKAGAAAUAUUGUGCUGUAUACAUUGACCGUACAGUGGACAUUAAACUAUUUUCUACCAGCAUCAGGCGAACCAAGACAGUAAAUAACGUAUCAAAGACCAAGGACAAUAAACAAGACAAAGGUGGCACAGAAAACAGCAGCAAUUCAACAGUUAAGGACAACGAAGGAAAGUCGACAAAUAGCAGUAACGUCGAAAGCGAUAAGGCUUUCAAGUCGUUGAAGGGAAAGAAAGCUUCUAUCGCCAAACAAAAGUUUAAUAAUAAAGCCAAAGCAGAAGUCCCCUGGGUAGUUAAAACCACGCAUGAAGGCAAUCAUUCGAAAUUGCUCGAUGAGUGUUCUGAGAGUGAAUUCAAUGAACAUCCUAGCUCGCUUUCUGCUCUAGCAGAACAUGUGUUAAACGGCACACAAACACUUCGUAGUCGAUGUGUUAAAGAAAAGAAGAAAAGAAAAGCCAAAGACUCGCUAGAGGACAGUUUUACCAAAGCCAAUUACAGACAGAAUAAAAAGGCGAAGCGUGCAAAUGAAGAAGAAUCAGAAAGCAUUCGAUGCUCGCCAUGGAGGCAAUGCACUACAAAAGCUAACGUUAUUGAUAAUAGAUCUUCGGUACUUGUCGAUGGUUGCUCUUCUAGUACGGAACAUCCAUGCGGGUCGUCGCUGUCGCAAUGCUUAACUAACGCAAAUUCAGAAAUAUUGUUUUCUGAUGCCUCGUCUAACGACAGCGGUUUCGCUUCAACAACAAUCUACGCAGAAUCUUUAAUAAGCAACAAACCGUCAACGAAUUCGAACCACCACAGCGAAGAAAAACGUCCUAAUAAGAAUUGUAAUUUACCAUCAUCUACUAKACAAGGCAAAUGUAAAAAGCUUAAGAAAGCUAGACUGGAAYCUAAAGAAGAUAAGCCUGUAAAUCAAAGUCUCUCGCCUCCUGCUUUGGUUUUGAAGAGACAGAACAACGUGUGGCAAGUCGAAACGAAGAGCGAACAAGAUGACACAGAAUCAUUCAAAACAUCGACAACUCCAAGCAAAGCAAAGAAACGAUUGAAAUGGUCAUCAUCYAAUAAUAAGAAAAUCAAAAARCAGGAUGUAAACACCGAGAAGACGAUCCAUAGGAAGAAAAGAAGGAAAGAUUCGUUUUCCGACAAGGAAGAGGCGAGCGCAAUUCAAGUGGUUGGUCAAGGAAMGAAUUCCAAACAAAAUCGGAAAACCAURCGAAAAAAAUUGAAUCAACACGUUGGAUAUAAUUCAAAAAUAAAUGUCAUCGAUCCAAACSCAAAAAAUAACAGUUCAGUAAAGAGCAGCAAAGUAAGCAGCACCAUCAAGCGUGGAAAAAAAUCCAAACAAGCCACUAAUAACUUAUAUAACACCAAAAAAGCCACUGUGACAAAAACUCUGAAAGCGAACAAAGAUUUCAAGUUUAUGAGUUUGUUUUCUUCAUUUCCCUUCUUAAGCGUUAAAGAUGGUGAUCUCUGUCCGAGUUUUAGUGAAAUUUUACCAACGCACUCUGAGACUGAUAUUUCUUCAUCGAACCCCAUUUGGAAAUGGCAGCGGGGGAGGCCCAUUUUCGUUCCCGAAAAAAYCAGGAAAACGUACGUUAGAUGACCGACUCGAUGUAUUCGCAUAUCAUAUUUUGAACCUUGUCCUCGUUAUAAAUCAGUAUAUUUUUAUAUUCAMAGUCUUAUUCUUGUUGAUCGGCAUUUCUAGAUUUUCUAUAUUACUCGUUAUUUACUACUUGUUCUUACUCACUAUAUGCGUAUCGCAACAAGAAUCUGAGCUUUUGCUUUUUUGGAAACUAAGUCCAUGAAUAAAUGAUUCUUUUGUAUUCCAUAAGAAAUUUGUUUAGUAUUAUUUGUCUGCUUUAUAUARUUAGAGUUACGUUUGUAAUUGCAUAUAAAGAGAUACAACAAUU